AUGGUGCUCUGGAUCAUUUUCCCUAUCUCCCUCUCCCUGGUGUCCUUCAUUGGAACGUGGAGUGUAUAUGGCCUGGCAUACUCCCACCAUCACGUGUGCUCCCUCAGCGACUGGGGUGGCGUCAACCACUCAUACUGCAAAAGAAAUCAGUCCACUGGAUGCUGUUUGGUUCCCACUAUAAGUUCGAGUGGGAUAAACGCACCGGAAAAUUCACUGUUUACGGCGACAAUCAACGCUGGAUCAUUCCUGUUUCUGCUGUUCUGCUUCUUCCACCACGCACACAUCAUGGAGAAACACGCUUGUCAUUCAAUGAUGAGCAGGACCGCGCUGGUCUUUGGUGUGGUGGCGGCCUUGGGGGCGUUUGCAGCUGGAAACUGUAAUCCGGGGUACCUGGCCCUCCUUCACUACCUGGGAGCGGCGGUCAGUUUCCUGUGCAUCUGCUUCUACACCACGUUCCUGACCGCGCUGACGGGGAGGUGCGUGCUGUCCGGGUACGAGAGGCUGCUCUACCCGCUGCGCGUCGCCUCCACCGUGCUGCAGAUCAUCGUCACCAUCUGCUACACCAUCUUUUUCGCCCAGCACGAGUACUUCUACGUGCACAUGUCGGCCGUGUCCGAGUGGAUGCUGAGCAUCAACCUGGAGCUGUUCGAGCUCAGCUACGCCGUGGAGUUCGCCUUCUUCUCGUCGUUCAUGAUCUCCAAUCUGCUGAGCAAGCGCGACGAGGAGAAGCCCCUGAUGAUGAGGCUGUCCUGAUAUGAGGCCGCCAGGGUCCAGCGGGCGCACACAGGCAGUGUGGAGGGACUGAGUCGGCCGUCGGGGAACACAGUGGCUGGACCAUGGCAGGACGACCAAUAGUGUUUUUCACAAUUCAGAUUGUGUUUUCUUUCCACAAAGACAUUCAUGCAGGCUUAUGGAUGGCGACUCCAUUUUUUCAAUCUCUCUCCUUUUUGUUUCCUGAAAAUUGGAUCAUUUUUCUGACUGGCUACAAGUUGAACACUCCAUAUUUAUUCAGACAAACACCCUUAUAGGCUACAACAAGUGAACAAAACUUUUUGGACAGAGACUUUUCUCCAGGACACGUGGAAACUGCCAACGCAACAACCCAACCAGUCAACGGGAGGCAGAUGAAUUAUAUCGUAAGGUCUUUGUGCUUGGACCUUUUAGUGGUUGUGAGGAUAUUAAAGUAGGGAUUUAUCAACAAAAACGCACACAAAAAAACUGAAAUUUGAAGGAAAAAAAAUGUAAACAACCUUUUUUUUUCCUUCAGAUUGAAGGAAGCGCGUUUAGUUUUAGCACGUGAUAAAAUUAUGAUUUCACAUAUUAAUAUGUCCCAUUGUUGUGACUCACAAGAAAGAAAGGCGGCGUUUGAGACACGCCUGGCCCGGCUGCUGUGACGCAACGAGAUCCUGUUUGACGGGACGAUCAGCACUAACAGACAUCAAAGACGUUUAUACAGUCUGUUCGCAGCAGAAACACGCGUCACUACCUCAACUGGUCCUGCUGGAGAGCCAGAAACAUCCCCGUACAGCCUGAUCUGCACAGUGGGUGUUGGCAGUAUUGUCUUUAUUUACAAGAUUUUAGGCAAGGUACGUGUCGUAUCUGUGUGUGCAUCAUGGGACUAAGUAUAAUGAUUUGUGUAUAUAGCUUUCAUAAAGCAAGCCUGAAAUCCAAAUCUGUUAUUUCCCGGGGUGAGGAGUCCAACAGCGACAUUAUUUUGAGCUAAAAUCAGAAGUUUUUUCCUUCAAAGUUCACUUGUUUGUACAGUUUCACCUCCCCACCCCCAAGAAGUUUACUGUGGGCAGGGUAGGAUACUUAGCAACCGUCUAAAAAUGUUUAAAUGAAGUCAGUAACUUCAUAAAGAAUUGUUUGAUAACUGCACCUGUCACCAAGUUGAAGUGAAAUGCACUUUGGAACAAGUAUUCAGAAAGUUUACAGCAGCUUUUCUCUGGACUUUUUUUUUUUUUAAUACAUAUUUACAAUAUUUAACAAUGUGAAACUUGGUGAUGAAAUUACAAGUGGCAUUCAAUGCAAUUCACCAUUGUCUCUCUGAGUUUUAGCUCAUUAGAGUAGAUCUGAAACUCCACUAUGAGAGACAGACCACAGCCUCAUGUUGAGUAAAAUUGCUCAACUGUUGCUCAAUGUGCGAGCAAGUCAGUGUUUGCUCUGUGACUGUGAAAUGUAUUCCCAACAUUGAAAAUAUCCUAAUACUUUUUUUUUUUUUAAACAUCUAUGCAAUCUUUUCUGUGAUGCCAUAUUUUUUUUUCUUCCACAAAACGAGACAACAUGGUUUUGGUUUUAAUGCAAAGCACUUAACCUUUACUCGAAAGAAGGUAAUAUACAUCCUGGAAUUACAGAUAAUAAAGAUACAUUAUGAGCAAAAUCAUUUCACAAUGAAUAUCAUCUUUCUUUUGUAUCAACCAAGAGAGGAGUGCAACAUUAUCUACAGUUUGUUAGGAAGUAAACAGAGAGAAGCACACCUAAAUCUGUCAGCUUUUUUUUUUUUACUGUAUGGUACACUGUAAAAAAAAUGUCAUCUAUAUGCAGUAGUUCACAAUAUUAACCUUAUUAACAAAAAAUGAAGAAAAAAAAGAGAAAAUAAACACGAGUUUCAUCGAAUCGAUGCCUUUAACUAAGUAACUGCAAUGCAUACAUUAUAAAUAAAUGUAAGGGGAAGAAGAAGAAGAAGAAGAAAAAAUAAAGUUCAAAAACUAC